AUGGGGUCCCUGGCCUGGCUGCCCUUGGGGCUCCUGCCCGUGCUGCUCCUGGCGACGCAGGGAUACAGCUCGACGUCCUGUGGGCGCCGCCCCCUGGUGUCUGGCUAUGGUGGGAUGCGGAUCGUGGGUGGCGUAGAUGCUCUGCCGGGGGCCUGGCCCUGGCUCGUCAGCAUCCAGAUCCCCACCCGAAUGGGCCCCCAGCAUUCAUGUGGCGGGUCCCUCAUCAGCCCCCGCUGGGUCCUCACAGCCGCUCACUGCUUCAAAGCCAAGAGAAGGGUCCUGGCUCGGUGGAGGAUUGUGAUUGGCAUCUCAGAGCUCUCCCACCUGUCAGACUUAGUGCAGAUCCGCUCAGUGCACAGGGCUGUGCUGCACCAGGAGUACAAUCCACGCAAGGAGACAAAUGACAUUGCCCUCAUCCAGCUUGACCGUCCUGUGACCUUUGAUGACCUCACACAGCCGGCCUGCCUGCCCAGCGCACUCAUGGCUGUCACCACCUUCUCCCCCUGCUACAUCAGCGGUUGGGGCACCACCACCCAAAACACGGUGGACAAUGCCGACAUCCUGCAGGAGGCCAAAGUGCAGCUCAUUGACACUGCAACCUGUAACAGCAGCCGCUGGUUCAACGGGGCCAUCGCCAGCAACAACCUGUGUGCAGGGUAUGAGCAAGGAGGCAUCGACAGCUGCCAGGGGGACAGUGGGGGUCCCUUAAUGUGCAAAGAUGAGGUCACAUCCCGGUAUUACGUGAUUGGCAUCACCAGCUGGGGCCAAGACUGUGCCCAGGCCCACAAGCUGGGCCUAUACACCUCUACCCAGCCCUUUCUGGAGUGGAUCCUGGAGAACACUGGGCUCCUGGAGCCCAAGGAGAAGACAUCUGAGGAGAUAUUGCCAACACAGAUUGUGCCCCUCCAGUCUCCUGCUGCUGCCACCAAAGUCAGGCCUUUCCUUCUCCCUGUCCUGCAAGAGCCAGUCGCCCCGCUGGAGCCACCCUACUUACCUCCAGAGCCAGUCGCCCCCCUGGAGCAACCCUACGUACCCCCAGAGCCAGUCUCCCUCCUGGAGCCACCCUAUGAACCCCCAGAACCACCCUACGAACCCCCAGAGAUACCCUACAUCUCCCCAAAGCCAGCCAUUCUCCCAGAACCAGUAAGCCCAUACAGAGCAUUCCUCACCCACAAAGCCAUUUAUCCCCCACAGAUUAAUCCCCCCAAAGCCAGUUAUUUCCCCAGACCAGUAAUUGUCCUGAAACUACUGAUCCCCCCCAAGAUAUAUACCCAUCACAAAGAGAGCGGCCCCUCCCCACCAGCUGUCUCUGCCCUGUCUGCACCCCAGAGGCCUGGAACCUCCCAGGAUUUUAAGAAUGACUGA